AUGAUAUCCUCAUGUUGCUUUCAUUUUUCUUGUCGGGUUUUCCUUUACAUUUUUCUUUCUUUAUUUACUUUUUGGAAGCAACAACAAUUCAUUCAUUCAGUCAUUCCUUCAUAUGUCCCUCUUUUCUUUGACAACAUUCUCCAAGGUCAUCCAAUCAGUAAUGGCGUGGGGAAUGAGAGAGACGAAAAUAAUGGUAGAGAUGGGUUUUAUCAAUAUUUUUUCUUUGUCUCUGUUCAUUAUCUAUCUAUCUAUCUAUCUAUCUUUGUCCAUAAUCUAUUCAUCUAUCUAUGUCUGUUCAUUAUCUAUCUAUCUAUCUAUGCAUAUAUGUCUGUUCCUUCUCUAUCUAUCUAUGUUCAUUUUAUAUCUAUCUAUCUAUCUAUCUAUCUAUGCAUAUAUGUCUGUCCCUUCUCUAUCUAUCUAUGUUCAUUUUAUAUCUAUCUAUCUAUCUAUCUAUCUAUGCAUAUAUGUCUGUCCCUUCUCUAUCUAUCUAUGUUCAUUUUAUAUCUAUCUAUCUAUCUAUCUAUCUAUCUAUCUAUGCAUAUAUGUCUGUUCCUUAUCUAUCUAUCUAUAUCUAUCUAUGUUCAUUUUAUAUAUCUAUCUAUCUAUCUAUCUAUCUAUCUAUAUAUAUAUAUAUAUAUAUAUAUAUAUAUAUGUCUGUUCAUUAUCUCUCUAUGUCUGUUAAAUAUCUAUAUAUCUAUGUUUUUUUUUCUAUCUAUCUAUCUAUCUAUCUAUCUAUCUAUCUUAUGA